UUAUGCUUCAAUAGUUUUGAUUUUCUCACGUUGUUUAUUUUAUUAGUCUGAAUUUAUUAAAUAUUAAAAUGAAUUCCAACAAAGCAUUAGAAACAGUACGAAAAAUUUUGAAUUUUUCAAUCAAACGUAAUGGACAUGAUAGAGUUUUGGAAAAGGUGAAUAUAACAUCAGUUGGAAAUGGCCAAUGUAUUGCUGAGAUGGUUGUUGAAAAACAACAUACAAAUGCGUAUGGUACACUUCAUGGAGGUUUUACAGCUUCCGCUGUAGAUAUUUUGUCUAGUAUGGCUAUGUUGACUCAUCCACGAGUUGUUGAAAACAUUGAUUCAGCACCUAACAGUGGUGUUUCAGUUGAUAUUCAUAUUUCGUAUUUAAAUUCAGCAAAAAUUGGUGACCGAGUAGUUAUUAAUUCUGAAACUAUUAAACUUGGAAGAAAUUUAGCAUUUCUAAAAGUAACAUUGCUCAGGAAAGAUGAUAAUGUUGUUAUAGCUCAAGGUACACACACUAAAUUUGUGGGAUGAUAUGAAAUAUUUGGUACAUUAUGUAAAAUGAAUUGUUUGAAAACAAAUAAAUGUUAUGGUAAUAAUUUGUUAGUA